AUGUCGGACAAUGUAAAUGAAUUGCUCGUGGUUGUAGAGCAAAAGGAUGUCUCAAAGGUCAAGAAGUUGUUAAAGAGCGGCAAGACCAAGGUGACAAAGAUGCUGACGUCGUUUGAUAAUUAUGGCACGUCGCCACUGACGUCGGCCAUCAAGAACAAUCAGGAAGAUAUAUUGGAGAUGCUGCUCAACGCCUUCAGGGACACCAAGACCGACAUCAACAUCAAGGACAAGAACGGCUACACGGCGCUGCACCAGGCCGUCGCCGCCAACGACCAAAUCCUCAUGCGCCUGCUGCAGCACGAGGGCAUCAACGUUGACGUGUGCAACGACGACAAGAACACGCCGCUGCACUACUUCUGCCAGAACUUCCGCUCGCCCAACUGCCAGGACCCCUUCCAGAUCUUCCUGUCAAAGCACGUCAGUGUCAACGCGCAGAACAAGAACGGCGAGACACCCCUGCACAAGGCCAUCUUUAACAACUCGAUCAGACUGCUCAUGGUGAACCAGCUGCUCGAGGCGCACGCCGAUGUCAACCUGCUCACCUUCAACCAGGAGUCGCCGCUCCACUACGCCGUGUAUCUGGGCCGUGCCGAUCUGGUGAACGUGCUGCUCAAGGCCGGCGCCGACGUCACCGUCGUCGGCACGUCCAAGAAGAAGCGUCCCUACGAGCUGGCCGUCCAGGAGGGCCACAAGGAGAUGGCCAACAGCAUCAAGAAGUACGAGGACCUGUUCGCUUGGCUGCAAGAGCACGGUCUCGAGCAAUACAAGAAGAACUUUGUCCAAGAGGAGAUGUUCAUAGACGUUCUGGGCGACAUUGACGAGACCAUCCUCAACAAGAUGCAGAUUACAGCAGCAGGUCACAGACUAAAGAUAUUGAAGGCAACUGCAUCACUUAAAAAACAGCAUCCUGCAACAUCGACCACUACUACAAGCACAUCUACAACAUCGACCUCAAGCACUCACUCUCACCUGUUGGAUGGUGAUCUCGACUUUAGGGUAUCGGACACGGCCGACUACAGUGGAUUGAAGGACUCGCUGCAACAGCUCAAGCACAUCACCGAACUGAACAUUAUAGAGGAUGGCGAGAUUGAAUACACCGAGAAGCUAGGUGCCGGUGCCUCGGGCAAGGUCUACAAAGGAUUGUACAAAGGAAAGGCAAUUGCCAUCAAGGUGUUAAAGUCAAUGUCCGAAGAGAAGGACAUCGAAGAGUUCAAGAAGGAGUUCCAAAUCAUGAGUGCAAUUCGAUCAAAGUAUGUUGUACAUUUCUAUGGAGCAGUUGUGGAACCAAGACCAUCGAUGGUGAUGGAGCACUGCGCCAAGGGCAGUUUGUACCAUGUGAUGAACAAUGAUCGCCUGGACAUUGGCUGGGAGAAGUUGUUUAAGUUUGCCACCGAGAUGGUGCGCGGCAUCGAGUGUCUGCACGGCUGGAACCCACAGAUCGUGCAUCGCGACCUCAAGUCGCUGAACCUGCUGGUCAACGACAAGUGGGAGGUGAAGGUCUGCGACUUUGGCCUGAGCCGCUUCAACACGGGCAGCAACAUGGAGACGCUGGCCAAGAUGCGAGGAACGCUGGCGUUCUGCGCGCCCGAGAUCUACUUCAACGAGCAGUUCUCGACCAAGUGCGACGUCUACUCGAUCGGCAUCAUCCUCUGGGAGCUCGUGACAAGAGUGGUACACAGCAGAUACGAGCGACCAUUCUCUGAGUUCUCAAAUCUGCAUCACGACUACCAAAUCAUUAUCCAGACAGCGAAGAAGGGACUAAGGCCCACGAUGCCCGACUGUCCGCCCAAGUUUGCCCAGCUGAUCAAGGAGUGUUGGGACGGGCAGCCUGACAAGCGACCCAACUGUGCAGCGAUCCUCAAGCGACUGGCGGAGCUGGAGUUUGACUUCAACGCUCAUCAAGAUCUCUGGAACAAAUGUAUUAAGAAGCUUCCAGCCAACGAAUGA